CCUAUGGUCCUAUCCCUUUCGCUUUUCGAAAGUUGGGUACUACACACGGACACAUAGAGACGACGUGACGGUACCGCUGCGGCCGCGGCGCUGGCACAUCCGGUCACGUGGGGGAGGAGAGCGGGAGGGGGCGGCGUGCCGUAAGCACCCGAGCGUGAGGUCCAGGUCCGCGCUUUGUGCUGAUCGCCCGGACCGGACCGGCCCCUGGUGGCCAGUACCCCUACCCUCACCCCGCGCCACCUGUGCGAGCGCGGGUCCAGUUGGAGUCUGAACGCGUCAAAGAGAGGACGACGCGGGCUGAGCCGAGUGCGUCGAACAGAGUUGUUCCUGUGUGCACGUUUGUGUGUGUGUGCGUGCGUGCGUGGACCUAGUGCUUCGCAGUGCGGUCGGAGGGUCAUGCGUCGCAACAGGCCAGCACAGUGCCAUCGCCUUCAGUCAAAAUGAGAAGAAAAGUCUACCUGCCCAGCAUGGUUCAGGCUAUAACUGUGCUCACCGUCCUCAAGAUGUUGACCAAUGCCCAGACCACCUGCAACCAGGGCAUUGGGCGCGUCGUCUACGAGCGGCUGCCGGACCAGCAGCUGCAGGGCUUCGACGACGACGUGGUUCGCGACUCGCUGCCGCCCUCCCAGGUGUUGGACAAGUGCCAGGACAUCUGCCUGAGGGACCGCUCCUCGGCCAACAACCUGGUGCGCGCGUGCUCGUCGUUCGACUUCCAGGCCGGAGCCAGGAUCGCGUCGUUCGGCGGCGCGCCCGAGUACGAGGAGUCGGCCUGCUUCCUGAGCCGCGAGAGCGCGCAGCCCGAGGGGCUCGGCAACCUGGUGCUCGUGCCGGGCAGCGCGCACUUCGCCGAGGUCUGCCUGUCGUCGAGCCGCGUGGAACGCGAGUGCCCCAACCGGCGCUAUGUCUUUGAGCGGCACCCUCGCAAGGCGCUGCGGCUGCCGCAGGCGGACGUCAAGGAGGUGGCCGCCAACAACCGCUCCGACUGCGAGGACCGCUGCCUCAACGAGUUCUCCUUCGUGUGCCGGUCGGCCACCUUCGACUCGACGGCCAGGACGUGCUCCAUGUCCAGGUUCACCAGGAGGACGCACCCGGACCUGCUCGCCGACGCGCCCACGUCCGACUACCUCGAGAACACGUGCCUGAACGCGGAGCGGAGAUGCGACGCGACGGCCGUGUACGUCAAGGAGGAGAACAAGCGCGUGGGCGGCGCGGUGGAGGCGGCGCUGCUGGCCAACGUCUCGCUGGAGGAGUGCCAGUCCGAGUGCCUGGGCGCGGAGCGCUUCCUGUGUCGCGCCCUGGAGUACGACGAGGCGACGCGGCAGUGCGCGCUGCUCGAGGAGGACUCGGUGUCUCAGCGCGACCUGCUGCGCACCGCCUCCUCGCCCAGCCACCACCUCUACGACCUGGUGUGCCUCGACAACGCGCUGCCCUUCCGUUCCGACAACGCCGCCACCUCGCACCUGUUCGCGCACGGCCGCCGCCCGGACACGGCCUUCCAGCGCUACCGCAACUCGCGCCUCGGCGGCGACUUCCACUCGGAGAUCACGGGCCGCUCGCUCAGCGAGUGCCUCGACGAGUGCCUGCGCCAGGCCAGCUUCGUGUGCCGCUCGGCCGUGUACUCGGACCGCUUCCGCACCUGCAGGCUGUCGCGCUUCGGGCAGCGCGAUGGCCACCGCGUCAUCUACGACGCCGACUACGACUACUAUGAGAACCUGAUGGCACACUAUCCGGACGGCGCUGACGCGGGCUCCUCUCUGCCACCCGUCUCCCCGUACCGACCCGGGGACAGGCCAGACCCGCUCGGCCAGGACUCGGCGUACGGGAGGCCACCUUACUCUGGCGCGCUAGGUGUUGGCGGCGGAGGAGGCGCGUAUGGAGGUGGAGGAGGAGGUGCCUACGGCGGCGGCGGUGGUGGCUACCCCGGCGGCGCCUACUACCCCGUAGGCGGCGGCGGCGGUGGCAGUAGCGUGGCGUACGGCGGCAACUCGCUCGGCUACAGCAUCGGCAACUACGGCGGCGGCGGCGCGAGCGGCGGGCUGGGGGCGUACCCCGCGCCGGGGGCGGCGCCGUACCCGGUUGCAGGCUACCCGGGCGGCGGCUUCCCCCCGGGAUACCCGGCGGGCUACGUGGGCCCGUCCGUGGGGCCCGUGCCCACCCCCGGCGCCGGCCCCUACAUGGGCGGCGCGCCCCUGCCGCCCGUGGGGCCGGCGGGUCCCGUGGGGCCGGUGUCCCCUGUGGCGCAGCCGGCGGGCUACGGCGACCCCUUCUACGGCCGGCCGCUCUCCUCGCGGUGCGACGACGGUGACGCGUUCCGCCAGGUCGGCGCGCGGCUGCGGGCGCGCAGGCAGUUCAUCCGGCGCUUCGUGUCCGUGCCCUCGCUGCCCCUGUGCGAGCGCGAGUGCGCCGACGCCAGGGACUUCGUGUGCCGCUCCUUCAACUUCAGGCCGUUCGCCGCACCCUUCGGCGCUGCCGAGAGGGAGAACUGCGAGCUGUCCGACAGGGACUCGAGGGAUCUGGACCCGGGCAACCCGACCUACUUCGAGACCACGGCAGACUACGACUUCUACGAGCGAUUCAACGGCAGGCAGGGCAUCGGGGGAGAGUGCCUGGAUGUGUCGCAGGUGUGCUCUGAGGACGGAAUGGAGUUCACUCUCCGCACCCCGGAAGGGUUCGUGGGGCGCAUCUACACGCACGGCUUCUACGACCGCUGCUUCUUCCGGGGCAACGGUGGCACCGCUAACGUCCUGAGGAUCAGCGGCGCGCAGGGGUACCCCGACUGUGGAACUCAGCGGUUCGGCGACUCGAUGACCAACAUCGUGGUGGUGCAGUUCAGUGACUACGUCCAGACCGGGCGCGACAAGCGAUACAACCUCACCUGCCUGUUCCGCGGGCCGGGCGAAGCGGUCGUGACAUCGGGAUACAUCGGCGCUGGGCGCUCGGGCGCGCCCAUCCCCAUCGAGUACCUGCCCGCGGAGAACUCGUUGAGCUCGCGGGUGCGCCUACUGAUCCUGUACCAGGGCCGACCCACGACCACCAUCGCCGUCGGGGACCCGCUCACCUUCCGCCUCGAGGCCCAGGACGGCUACCACUACUCCACGGACAUCUUCGCGACCAACGUGAUCGCCAGGGACCCGUACUCGGGACGCUCCGUGCAGCUCAUCGACAGAUACGGGUGUCCCGUGGACCAGUACGUGUUCCCGGGGCUCGACCGCUCUCGAGAGGGCGACGGCCUGGAGGCACGCUUCAAUGCCUUCAAGAUCCCAGAGUCCAACUUCCUGGUGUUCGAGGCCACGGUUCGCACCUGUCGCGACGGCUGCCAGCCGGCGUACUGCACGGGACAGACGGGGCGCAGUGAGCCUUCCUUUGGACGACGUCGCAGGGCUGCCGAGGAAGACGACCAGGACGUCGACGAGCCGGAGCACCGCGUUGUCCAGGAGGGCGUCAGCAACACCAACGGCACCGAGGACGAGGAGCAAGUCCGCGAGAUGAUCGAGGUGUUUGAGAACCGCAACGACAUCUCGGAGCCCAGCAGCCUCAGUGCGGCCACACCCGAAGCGGACGCCGUGAAGGUGCAGAAGGCCGGCGGCGUGGUGCUGUCCACCGGGGAGUACUACGGCCUGGUGUCCGCCCUGAGCACCACCAUCGUGCUACUGGUCGCCUCCUUGGGCGCCGGCCUGCUCGCCUUCAGGCACAUCUACCUCACGAGGCAGGCCAAGUACGUGCCUCCGGUGCCCACCUCGGCGCCGCCCGUGACAUCCGUCAACUUCACCACCUCCAGGAUGGCGAGCCUAGCCUCGCUGCUGCCCAGCAAGCUGUUCGACAGCGAACGGGCGAGCGGGCCCGCGGUGGUGGAGGCGGCCAUGGACUGCCCCAUCGGUGGCCUCCGCCGGGGCCGGGGAACCUUCGAGGACCCGAGCGAGCCCAUCUACACCGACCCGUCGCUGUUCGAGCGGCCGCGCAGCAUGCGCUCCAUAGCGGCCUUCCCGCCCAGCACCAGGACAGCAAACUGAGCUCGGGCGGCCCUUGUUGUGGACAAGCUAAUCGAAUAGGCGCGUGGCCUGGUGGGGCUCCAGAGGGACGAGGACGUGGGGGCUGAGCCCGGAGAACGGCUGUGUGGAGGUGGUGCACGGGAAACCUGACCGGUCGCCGAGGAUACAACUACUACCUUGAUGAGGCUGGACUCCGCAGCACAGCCACGCAGCCGCACCCGCCCCAGGGAACAAGUGCGCAGGGCGUCUUGGUCUCAUUUUGUGUACCUUUUUUAAAAUACAUGUUUUCACUCACUUCCUAGUAAGUGGCCUGAAGACUCGCAGUCUCUUUUUGUGUUGUUUUCCUAAUACGUCUUUUUUUCUGGCUAAAAUUUGUUCUGAAAUUCGAAACCUAAAGCGGGGACAGACUGGCUUUCAUUCCGAGGACAAAGUGGUUAUUAUUUACUCAGUCAGUCCUCUAGCUUGGAGCGUGUCUUAACUCUGUGAUUUUCUAUGUUCAGAUACUCCUUUAGAUUAAGAAAACUAGAAGUUAGCUUUUUAUCCUUUACUGUUAGUGUAGAAAUAGUGAGUGCGUUGGUGAAUGUGUUUCGCGAAGCCGAACACACAAUUUUAUAAGUUUAAACAUGUCUAUUUAUAAUGCCUGUUCAUCCAUCAUUAGGACAGUAAUAGAAACAUCACGAGGCAAAUAUUUCGACGUUGCCUCGUUUACUUAACUCCUAAACAAUACUUAUUGCACUGGAACAAACAAUAAUAAUAAUAGCUCUACCUGUGCCCACCUGUGUUGAUAUCAUUUCGUUUUUACUAUCCUGAGUUUGUUUUGAUAUUGAUAUGUCUGUUUGUCUUUUUCAGUCCUAUAAGAAGUGUAAUUUU